AUGCGCUGCACCACGCCCUUGUGGAGGUCGCGGGUGGGAAGGAGGGAGGGGGCAGUUCCCUUCCGUCCACUUUAUAAGUGCCGCCUUCCUGCGCCUGCCGUACUCUCUUCAACAUGGCGCUUAAGAUCUGUGUCGUUGCUGUUAUCGCCUGCACAGCAUGGGGAACUGUUCCCCCAUACCCGCGAUACCCGGCCUACCCACCUCCUUACCACAAGCCCAUCCCCUACGCCCAGCCGCCCAGGCCGUACCAUCAUCCAGAACCUCACUAUGAUGUUCCGGCCAAGUACGCCUAUGCUUAUGAUGUCACCGACAACUACCAGAAACUGAAGUUCGAUAAGAGCGAGUCCCGCGACGGCGACAAGACUGAGGGUUCGUUCUCUGUGGACCUUCCCGACGGUCGAAAGCAGAUCAUUACAUACGCUGAUAACGGCGACGGCCUUCUGGCUGAAGUUAAAUACGAGGGAGACAUCGUCCUCACCCCCUACCACACCCUAGUGCCCGCUUACAAGGCAUCCCCACCUCAUUAUCCUACAUACCCAAGGAAACCCUACUUCCCUCCUUACCCAUCCCACCCGGGCCCUGCCUACCCUCGCUACCCGUCCUACCCUGCCCCCCCUGCACCAACAGAACUUGAACCGGUUGACCCUGCAAUUGAUGUCAGAACUACUGAGCUCGUAGAAACUCCUAAGGAAGUGGCGGCUGCUGAAGAAGUGGUGGAAGAGGCUGCCCCUGCUAAAGCUGCACCCAUAGUAGAGGGUGCAACUGUAGUACAGGCUGUCGAAGAAGCUGCACCUGUCGAGGAAGCUGCAUCUGUUGAGGAAGCCGCUCCUGUUGAGGAAGCCGCUCCUGUUGAGGAAGCCGCUCCUGUUGAGGAAGUAGCGCCUGUUGAGGAAGCCGCAUCCGUUGAGGAAGCCGCAUCCGUUGAGGAAGCCGCACCCGUUGAGGAAGCCGAGCCUGCUGAGGAAGCUACGCCCGUCGAAGAAGCUGCAGCUGUCGAGGUUGCAGAAGCGCCAGUCGAAGCCGAGGGCGAUGAAGAACUUCUUAUCGGAGCUGCGAUGGAAAUGGAAUUCUUAGUGAGCGAACCCGAGGACGUCGUGACAGAGGUCGUAACUGAAAUCUCCUAGACGAGCGUGAUAUCCUUCCGCUACGUAAAACUCACGCUUUAGUUCUUUUACAAUCUGGUUAUAGACAUGUUUGUGAAAGAGAGAAUUAUUCGGCAAUUUAAACAUUCUAUGCACUGAAAGUGCAAUUCUCUCUCUUGUGAAUGUCGUCUAGAUUAAAUGAACUAAACGGCCUUCCCACAGGCCCGUUCACCGUUUCCUUCACAAAAAUACACUGCCGGGAUAAGAAUUUAUUUCACAGUUUGCAGUUUGAUAUUCAACAUAUUUGAACGUUUUGCAUGUUACGAUUUAUUUAUCCCACAGGAAAAACUAUGUAGCAAUAUGCAAGUUCUUUUGACAAUACUUUAAAGUCAUUGUUGCUUGACAACUGGUGCGUCUCUGAGAUUAUCAUCACAUUAUCAGUAUUCUCUGUUAUCUAAGGCUGCAUUGCAUCCCGGUCUGGUCGUCAAAAAGUAUCCCCAUUCUGUCCGUGAGCAGCCGCACGAAACAUUACUUCCCCAGUGUGGCUGCUCAUCUAGGAUAGUGAACUGUUGCACUGAACGCCCCACUCCAGCAGUCUGGUUUAAGUGAAUGUUUACGUUUUUCUCUUUCGUCUGUUUGGUGUUCUUCAUGGUAUUUAUUUUGGUAAAAACCGUUUGCUUAAUUUUGUAAUAAAAUACAAAAUAUAUAUUUUCACAACCUU